AUGAACAAAAAAGGCCGCUUGUUUACUGGAAACGCGCUGGAGAGAUUGGAGAGCAAGAAGAAGGGAAAAGAGAGGGACGGACGGGAGAUGAUGAGCGAGAAGCUGGUGGAGCCGAUGGAGAUGCGAAGCCGUGCUAGGCGUUUGAGAGACAGGAGGGCCCUGGAGGGGGGACGCUUUAGUGAGGGCUACGGCGGGGUGACCUGGCGGGCAAGUACCGGCCAAACGCUCAUCUACUGGCAUCUCAAGCGCUCUUUGGCGGAUAGACGCGGAUGUGGUUUCUAUUUCAAUGUCAUGACGGAGCAGGUCCUGUUCAAGGCAUCCAGCGAUUAUUUUCGACUCAUCAUUGGCUUCAAAGGCAUCGUAUCACACCGCGUGGAUCCUCGUCUUCCCGCUGCUGUCCUCUGUCUGCUGCCCGUCUUCAGCGCUGUUAGCGGGUACCUGCCCGCCAAGUCCCCCCAGCGAACCCCUCAACGCCGCGGGGCGCACUCUUGCCAUGUGCCAGACGCAUGGUCAGGCCACCACUUUUGGCUUCUCGCGGCCUCUGACUGGCUUGUCUCUCCGCCACCAGCAACCCUAAUCGGUGACCUGUCUCUUGUCUCUUGUCUCUUGCAUAUCCAUGGAUGUCUUGGUCUUGCAGCAGCCAUCUCGGGCAUGGAUCUGGAAUCUCGUCGGCAAGAACAAAGGCGACGCAAGGCAAGGCGAGGCGAAGCGAGACAAGACAGCAAAACAUCAUCACGACUCGAACCUCCAGUGACUCGUCGCUUUACAAUAUUCCCAAAUCACACAUUUACAUCACAAUCAUCACCACCAUCAUCACCAUCGCCACCAGCAACCAGUCCAGCAACCAGCAACCGUCCAUCUCAGCCUCUACGCACUUCUAUCGGCCGUUUCUCCGCUCAGUCGGGCCUCAUCCUUCAGCCCAAGCGCACCGCUAAGCCAAUCAGGCCCAUUGCCCGGCUCGGCCUAAACUCUUCAUUCUUCUCUCUCGCAGGGCACUUCGCAGGCCUUCUUUGCAUUCCAGCGCGGGGACGCCAAGCGGCGAAAAAGGGAAGCCUAUCCCUGCAGCGCGUGCGCCAUUGCACGUGGCUGGCCAGGGGAGGCUUGAAGCUUGGACGGGGCCAGUGUCUGAGGACAGGACAGGCCAUGAUCCAUACUGAGGACGGACUGGAGCGCUGUCAGGGCCCCCAUGCCUGGUCCGGAGAACGCCGUGGUAGGGCAACGAUGGGCGGCUGCCGUUUUGGCCAUGGCCGCGACGAUGACGACGGCCGGGGCGAUGACGAUGGCCAUGGCCGUCUUUGGGCGACAAACAUGGCCGAUGCUGGACAGUCUGCUUGCCGCCAGCACAGUGACACCGUCCGUGUUCACGAGUACGAUUUGACUUUCUGCGGGCGCCGUCCAUGCAAGCACUGUGUACUGUGUGGCCGAGGGGAAAGAGUCCGUCACAUUGGGAUCGACAGCGUUACGCUAAUCCCACAUGUUAGCUUGCAUAAGCAGCCUGACUGGCGCAACGCCAUCAAGCCAUUGUGCGCUUGCAGCUGA